UGAGGCUUAGAGGGAAAAUGCACAGUUUAGCACUCCGCGGAGGAGUUACCUGAGCAGAAAGUAGUUCUGGCCGUUUUUUAAGCAGCCGUCGCCAUUUUCUUUCACUCUGAAGCAAGUGAACGCGCCCUGCACUCUGAAAGGUGUGAAGUAUAAAUCAUCACAAUGGUGAAAAUAUUUGUGGGGAACUUGUCACCAGACACCACGUCAGAUGAACUGCGGUCGCUCUUUUCCCAGUAUGGCAAGAUCGCGGAAUGCUCCAUCCUGAAGAGUUUCGGCUUUGUGCACAUGGACAGCAAGUCUGAGGCGGAAGAAGCUAUUCGCAACCUCCACCAGUAUCAGCUGAACGGACAGUCUAUGAACGUGGAGCUGAGUCGUGGCAAGUCCAGAGGGUCCACCAAGCUCCAUGUUGGCAACAUUGCCUGCUCCAACCAGGAGCUGCGCGCUAAGUUUGAGGAGUAUGGUGUGGUGGUGGAGUGUGACAUCGUGAAAAACUAUGCUUUUGUUCACAUGGAGCGCAUGGAGGAUGCCAUGGAGGCCAUUAAUGCGUUAGACAACACAGCGUUUAAAGUUGAUUGGGCUGCCAAAAUGGCGACGGGGGCAAACGCGACUCCUUUAGGAAAGUUGCAUCCCAGCAUCGGCGCUAAGCGAGGCUUCGAGGCAGGGCCUGGCGCCGGGAACGGCUUGAUUCCAAGCCCGGCUCCACCUGCCUCAUUUUCGCCGAUUCAAGGAUUCCAGCCGGCGAUUCCCCCCUCCACCUACCCGCAGACAAACCAGUACAACGCGGCCGGCGGGUUUUCACCUCAACCUCCCCAGCCAUCAGGUGUUCAGGAUUUCAGCCAAAAGAAGCAAAGGAAGAAGAGCCGCUGGAGCAGUGAGACCCCCGAUCAGAAGACUAUCAUUCCAGGCAUGCCUACCGUCAUCCCCCCUGGUCUUACGAGGGAUCAAGAGAGAGCCUAUAUAGUCCAACUGCAGAUUGAAGACCUGACACGUAAACUGCGUACAGGAGACCUGGGAAUCCCUGUUAACCCUGAGGACAGGUCUCCCUCGCCGGAGCCCAUCUACAACAGCGAGGGUAAGAGGCUGAACACGCGUGAAUAUCGCACGCGCAAGAAGAUCGAGGAGGAGCGCCACUCCCUUAUCACCGAGAUGGUUGGACUCAACCCUGACUUUAAACCGCCAGCAGAUUAUAAACCUCCAGCCACCAGAGUAAACGACAAAGUCAUGAUUCCUCAAGACGAGUACCCUGAGAUCAACUUUGUUGGCCUGCUUAUUGGACCUCGUGGCAACACCUUGAAGAACAUUGAGAAGGAAUGCUGUGCCAAGAUCAUGAUCCGUGGUAAAGGCUCCGUAAAGGAGGGCAAGGUUGGCAGAAAGGAUGGACAGAUGCUGCCCGGGGAAGACGAGCCUCUGCACGCCUUGGUCACUGCAAACACGAUGGAGAACGUCAAGAAAGCUGUGGAGCAGAUUCGCAAUAUCCUGAAACAAGGCAUUGAGACGCCUGAGGAUCAGAACGACUUGCGCAAGAUGCAGCUUAGAGAGCUGGCGAGACUAAAUGGCACGCUGAGGGAAGAUGACAACAGGAUCUUACGUCCUUGGCAGAACACCGAGCCUCGUAGCAUCACCAACACCACCCUCUGUACCAAGUGUGGUGGAGCAGGACACAUCUCCUCUGAUUGCAAGUACACCAGUUCUUUUGCGGCACAAAGAGCACCUGGUGCCGAGCCUCCACAGUCGGCGCAGGACAAGGCUCGCAUGGACAAGGAGUAUCUGUCACUAAUGGCAGAGCUGGGCGAGGCUCCAGUCCCGGGAUCCGGAGGAGGACAUGUACAGGGAGGAGCUCUCCGGCCUCCUGCACCACACAGUAACCAGGGACCGCCGAAUCGGCCUCCCUGGAUGGGAUCUGGUUCCAAUGAGAACAGGGGCUACCAUGGCAUGCAUGGAGGGCCCCACAACUUUCCUCCCCCCAUGCCCAACAUGGGGGGCCCUCCGAUGCCCCCGAACCCCAAUGGCAUGCCUGCCCCAUGGAUGCAACCUCCACCUCCACCCAUGGGCCAGGGCCCUGGACCUCAUGGACACCCCAUGAGCAUGAUGCCACCCCCGAUGGGCAUGAUGCCCCCUCCACCACCUCCUCCUGGCAACCAGCCACCACCGCCCCCUUCUGGACCCCUUCCUCCAUGGCAACAGCAGGCGCCGCCUCCUCCUCCCACAAGCAGCAUGGCAACGAGUACACCGCUGCCAUGGCAACAAAACACCCCCACAACCUCCAGCCCUGGCACCGGUACCCUGCAUCCAUGGCAACAGCCUCAGCAGCCCCCAGCCUCAGCAGUCCAGCCUCCUCCACCAAUGGGUAACCCCUCCAUGGUGCCACCUCCCCCUGGGGUGCAGCCGCCCCUACCGCCCGGCGCGCCCCCUCCACCUCCUCCGCCUCCCCCUGGUUCAGCCAGCAUGAUGUACGUCCCACCGCCGCCCCCACCUCCAAUGGACCCUUCCAACUUUGUUACCAUGAUGGGGAUUGGCUUGCCACCAUUUGGAAUGCCCCCUGCCCCUCCACCUCCUCCACCGCAGAAUUAAGAGCCCAGUCUGGAGAGAAGCACCACCCUGCAUCAUAUCCAAUAGACUGCCUGCUCACUAAUAUAACCAGUGCUUUAUUUUCUAUUGUCGAGAUGUAUCUGAAACCAGGAUUAAUUGACUUUAACUUGUCCAAAUUGAAAAAUCACACCUUUUCAUAACAUCAAUGCAAAGCUAUGUGUGCGUGCGUACGCGUGUGUGUGCGUGUGCGUGUGUCCAAACACUUGUUCUCAGGCAUGCAUUAUGUUGUUUAGUCUACUGAAUAACAAAAAGCUCAUAUUGGCAUCGCUAAGUUUAGUUAAUGUUGGACACAUCUGUUCAUUUUUACAAAGCAACACGAUUGAUCUUUGUUCAGUCCUUCAAAUAGAAGCUUUGCAUGAUCCAUUUCAAGAGCUUUGAGUUCAUCAAGAGUAAUAUUUUUGUAAUAAGAUGUGAAGUGUUAUAUGCUCUUUUUUUCAAUGUGCAUGUUGUCUCGGUUGUCACAUGAAUAGAAAGGAGAGUCAGACAUCUCUGGACAUCGCUUGUGUCGAUGAAAUGUUGGUUUUAUUCCCAUUCUGGACGGUCUGUUGAAUGACUUGCUUGGUUAGAAAUAAAGUGAUUCAUUAGA